ACGUUUCAAUAUUAAGCUUACUGUUUUCUAAAAAUACUGUUCAAUUUUCGUAUAUGAAUUUAAAAAUAGCACUAUAUAUGUAUAAACACCUAUAUUACAUAAACGUAACAGAGCAAUACAUAUUUACUCCAAUUACAUAAAUUUGAACUUAAUCCGUUAGGCUAAGACACUAUAAAAACUCGAAUUCAGAAAUAAAUAAAUCACUUGUGAAGUUACCGCCGAACGCGCUCGCAUUUUAUUUAACAGGCAAUUGUUGUGUUCGCGCAUCCUUCCCACGUAAAAUAAUUUCUCUUAAAAACGCUUAAGAAUUUUCAUGGCGCCCGAGCAGGGACCUGAUGCGUGAGGCAGAAUAUACUUUGAACAUAAGCAAACUAUUAAGGGAAGUAAUUCCAAAUACAAAAAAAAAAAUAAUAAUAAAUUGGUGAACAUAAUCGGAAAUUAUUUCGAAAUACACAAAACAAUAAACAUAUAAAAACGAUAAGUGCUUUAAUUAGUAACAACAAUUGCCUGCGCGGUCCGUUCACAAGCAAAACAAAAAGUCGUCUCGCAAACAAAAAAUUAAAAAAAAUAACAAAAAAGACAGCAAAACUAAUAUAUGUACAUACAUAUGUAUAUGCAUAUACAAAAAGUGCACAGUGACAAGUGAGCCCCCAAAAACCAAAAAAAAAAAAAACGUUAAAAUUAUUUAAAAAAAAAACAAAAAAAUUAUUUAACAACAAUAAAAUAUUUAUAGCCAAAAAAGUUAAAAAAAAAAUAAAUAUAUAAUAUAUUAAAUAAAAAAGAAUAAACUACAAUACACAGUGCAAAGCUGAAACAGUGCGGUGCUUAUAUAAACGGUCACAGUGAUAUUUCGUCGCCCUCGUGUAUAUAACUGUCCGCUGUCACAGUUCUCGCAGUUAUUGCCAUACUCGCCGCUGCUCUCAUCACUGUAACCGUCGCUGCUACUCUGGUCACUGCUGCUGCCGUCAUCGCCCGCUGUCGCUGCAAUCCCUACCGCUGGUUCUGUCGCCGCCAGGAAUGACCUGCACCUGCAUCCUUUGCAAAAGGAAAGUCAAGGCUUGCAAUAAGCCUAUACAGGUUCAUUGGACGCCGAGGAAUGCCGCGGAAAAUAUACAGCGACAACGCCACCAACUUCGUCGGCGCCGAUCGCAAGCUUCGCGAGCUGAGGGAUGCUUUCGAGGCCCAACAACCGGAAGUACAGAAAUACGCAACGGACGAAGGAUUCACCUUCGCCUUUAUACCACCCAGGGCACCGCACUUCGGCGGGUUAUGGGAGGCGGCAGUGAAGUCCGCCAAACACCUUCUCGUGCGCGCAAUCGGCAACGCGCUGCUCAUCGCCGAAGAACUACAGACGCUGCUCGUCGAGGUCGAGGCCGUACUCAACUCGCGACCCCUGGUACCACUGAGUCAGGACCCGAACGAUGUAGAGGCCCUAACACCAGCGCACCUACUAGUUGGGUGCCCCUUUCGAGCGCUGCCACCAGCCCAAGUAUCGAUGGACCCAAUGCGUUGCUGCGACAGAUGGCAACUUGUCUGUUGUCUCAAGCAACAGUUUUGGCGACUGUGGUCCAGGAACUACCUGUUGGGUCUUCAGCAGAGGAACAAGUGGUUGCAUCCGAAGCGCAACCUCGAGCUGAACGACCUCGUCCUGGUUCAGGAUGACAACACACCACCGCAGCAAUGGGUGCUCGGCCGCGUCGCCGCAAUCGUAACAGGGCAAGACGGCAAAGUCCGCGUAGCAGACGUGGCAACCAAAACGGGCGUAAUUAAACGCCCCGAUCACAAGCUCGCCGUACUGCCAUUAGACGUUGAAGGACCAUGAGCCUUUCAAGGUGGCCGGUGUUACGCCAAAUGGCUUAGAAUUUUAAUUAUUAAUUUAAUUUUAUAUAUUUAAUUUAAUUUUAAUUAUUAUUAUCAUAAUUUGUUAAAAUCCAUAAUUUCUCGUAACGUUUCAAUAUUAAGCUUACUGUUUUCUAAAAAUACUGUUCAAUUUUCGUAUAUGAAUUUAAAAAUAGCACUAUAUAUGUAUAAACACCUAUAUUACAUAAACGUAACAGAGCAAUACAUAUUUACUCCAAUUACAUAAAUUUGAACUUAAUCCGUUAGGCUAAGACACUAUAAAAACUCGAAUUCAGAAAUAAAUAAAUCCCUCUCGGGUCAUAUUCAUAACCCGAAUGGCAUACGGUUAUAUUCAUAGUGUCCAUUACUAGUCACGA